AUGUCAGACAUUGUGAAACCUUCUUUUUCUGGCACCUCAGAAGCCUCUCUUCUUUCAGAUGGCCAUACAGGUGGCAUUAUUGAUGCAAACAACCACAACAAUAUCAACGACAUCAAUAUUAAUAUUCCUCCACAAGUAACUAUUAAAAUUGCACUAUUAUGCAUGACAGGUACUCGUGCAAAUCUCAUUAUUAAUUCUGAAUUUCUUCAUCAUUACGCUCUCAAAUGUAUGUCUCCACCAUUACUUUCUAUUUCAGCUUUUAAACAAGUUAUUUAUGAUGAAUGGGUACAUGCAUUAGCAGUAGCAGCAGCGCGUCAAAAUUCAGAAAAACAAUUGGGAGAAGAUGAAUCUACAGGAAUAAUAGGAGGUAACUCUACUACAACAACAACAACUACAGGUGGUGGUGGUGGUGGUAAUGGACAUGGAAUAAAUGUAACUGAAGAUGGAGUUCCUGAAUGGGCAAUACAAUUGGCAGGUGCAAUAAGUCCUCCACCAACAUCUCCAAAUCAUAUUCGACUUAUUUAUUUUGGUAAAGUUUUAGAUGAUCCUGCUACAUUUCAAGAUUGUCGACUUGUUCCUGCAUCAUUUUUAACUAGGGAUGAUGAUUCUUUUGAAACUGAUUUAACAGGAGGUGGAGUCCAUCUUUCAACUACACAAUCUGGACAACCAUUAAACUCUACAUUUGUGGUUCACUUAAGUGUUAGACCACCAUCACCCGAAAAUAAGUCCUGA